UGACACAUGAUGCAGGUACUCUGCGUGUGUGGGGAUUCUGAGACUCUGUCGUUGGUGCCUGACCUCCAGCAGAGCAGGCAACAGAUGGCACACAGACAGCAGAGCUGUGGACAGAUUGGCAGGGAGAGGGAGUCUCAGGUAACUCGGUCAUCUGGAGAACACACGUUGAAAGAUGCUAAGCUAAGGCCUCAGAGCAGGACGGACACCCUCCACUGCAUGUUCUGCAUCCCAUCAGGAGGACGUCACCUAGACAACAACAACCCAGUCCCCCUUCUGUGGCUGUGGAUAGGCGGCGGGCGCUCAGAGCACCAACCCGACAAUGGCUGCAGCGGAGGUGACCCAGAGUGCAACUGGCAGUUGUAUUGUUGGGGACCGUCAGUCAGACACACUUGAGCGGCCUCUCUUCCCCAGGUCUUCCUUUUGUGCACAACAUACUAAAUUAUUCCAGCUCUGGGUCUGUCUUGGAAUAUUUUUUAGGGGACAUUAUUUCAACCGCUGCAGCCUAGCAACCCCUGGGCCAUGUUGCUAAGCAGCCCUCUUUCAUAUAAUGCGCACACUCCCAUCCUCCCACCCCACCAUGACACCUUUAAAGGGAUGUUACAUUUUAGCAGACAUGAAAACAUUUAGAUGAGGUUUUAGGCCUAACCUUUAAAAGGCUAGAGGCUGCAGACUCAACAGAUGUAUCUGCCAAUGUGAUGAUGCCCUGUAACCACAUUGUUGCACAGUUAUGGCUAAAUGAUGAUGCCGUGGGCUAUACACUGACUGUUAUUUUUUGUGAUAUUAUAAUAUGCAGUUGUUUAUAGUGCCCAUCCGGGUUGGGGUCUUCAAAUCCAUUUACAUUCCAUUGAAUUUGUAUUUCUUCUGUUUCCUUUGAGUGUUUCUAUUGAUUUACUUCCUGUCCCUUUACUGUUCAAAUGAGUGACUCGGGGGAGGAACCAUAUGCUCCUGAAGCACGGGGGGAGUCGGGCCUUAGCCCAACACAUAACGGCUAUUUGUGUUUAAACAGAGCAGCCUCUGUUUCCCCUGAGACUGAUGUGUUGUGAUGUGGGCUGGGUGGGAGGUGGCACGCUGUGGCUGGCCCCUCUUAAUUAGGAUGGGGCACCCCCAGGAACGCACCCCUCUUUGUCUCAGCCAAUCUGUGCCCUGCUGGGGAGCUUGGCUCAGGUCAGCUAGUCACAUCCAACACAACCAAAUUUUGUUCAGCGUUUGAGUAGCCUAGACAUGGCCUUAUUUACUAUGGUAACAUAUGGGAAGUAUUUUAAGACCGCAGUCUGUCGCAGAGCAUAUGUCAAGGUCUGUGUUUAUUGCAGUACAAUUUGUCCUAAAGUGUAAAAUAUUGGUUUAUGGAGGAUCAUUAGUUUAGUAUAUUCAAUUAUUCUGUCUCUCGGCUCUCUCUCUGCUCUCUCGGGUGAAGCUCACAAAUCCGUCUACCUGUUCUCACUAAAGCCAAGAAAUGAAUCUCCAAGGUGUCGAUAGAGUCAAGCCCAUUGAAGUUUCUCAUCAGUUUACUGACCCCAGAGGUGUGUAUAAGAUGUAUGUAACGUGAGAUUCAAACGUUAACGAGACAUUUUAUGAGCAUGGAUUCCCUCCUAUUGUUUUUGAACUGAAGUCAAGCCUUGUCUAAUGGAACUCAACUGGUCUUUUGGCUUUACUCACUGAAAUACUCUUCCAAUCGUUUUGAACCUCACUCACCCACUCACUCAUGACGUGUACACGGUAAGACGGGGGUAGAAGUGGUGGGAGUGGUCCUCCGGGUCAGGCCUCAGCCUGCGAGGGCAGCGGAAAUUGCAGCUUGCCCACGCCUGGGGGGAAGGAGAGGGAGGAGAACGCUGGCUUCGACAGUGACCCAGAGUCAGCCUGAAACAGCACCGGUUCUAACCCGGCUGGAGGAGUGUCCGUAUCCGAACACCCACCAGCAUAGGACUCCCUGUGUGAACCUGGGGUCCGAGGGGCCUCAUGACCCUCUGUCGGGGGAGCCUUCAUCUGGGGCAGCCCUGAGGGAGCACCAGUCCAAGCUGGAGUUUGCCCUGAAGCUGGGCUACGCAGAGGAGCUGGUGCUGGCCAAGCUGGGACCGUACACACUCAUCAACAACAUACUGGGAGAGCUGGUCAAACUGGGCCGUAAAGGCAGAGACAAACCAACAGCUGACUGGGUCCACAGCUUCACAGCCUGCCCCCGCAUCCUCCUGCUCGUCCUCCUCUUCUACCUGUGGGUAUGUGGAGGUAGUGGAGGCGCAGCAGAGGAGGUCAGACUCCCCCUAUCAGACAGACCUCCUUGGGGACAAGGACAACCUGCGGCCCGUCGUCCUGGACGGUAGCAACGUGGCAAUGAGUCACGGCAAUAAGGUGUUCUCCUGCUACGGCAUCCAGCUGGCUGUUGAUUGGUUCCAGGAGCGAGGUCACCGUGACAUCACUAUGUUUGUGCCAUCCUGGAAGAGCAGUCCCGCCCUGAUGCCCUCAUCACAGACCUGGAUAUCUUACGUCGUCUGGAGAAGGACAAGAUCUUGGUGUUCACUCCAUCUUGUCGGGUCUCCAGGGUUGCCGGGUGACGACCGUUUCAUCGUCAAGCUGGCCUACAAGUCCGAUGGCAUCAUCGUCUCCAACGACAACUACCGCGACCUGGCCUGUGAGAAGCCAGAGUGGAAGAAGUUAAUUGACGAGCGGCUGCUCAUGUACUCGUUUGUCAACGACAAGUUCAUGCCUCCCGAUGACCCUCUAGGUCGUCAUGGUCCCAGUCUGGAGAACUUCCUGAGGAAACGUCCCAUCAUGCCAGAGCAUGAUGAUUGAGACCUUUCACCAUUUAAGUAGUCAGCUGUGUGGGACUUCCUAUGGGUUAAGGAUCACAUAAUUCCAUUCAGGUCAUCGGGAGGGGUCAACCAAUGAAUUAUACGUGUGAGGAAACACUCCAUAACUGCAGGUGGCAGUAAAUCACCAACCUUGACUAUGCCUGUUCAAACACACUCUAGGUGACUGUAUGCACCCUUUCCAUUUGUUGCCAACUCGAGGAAAAUUGACUACUUGAAAAUGGAGACGGCCGCAAUGGCGCUACCGGUGAUCUCAGACUCCAUAAUGGGACAGAUACAAUGUCUAUGGUUUAAUCCAACCAUUAAUUCUUCCCUCGAUGAGCAAAAUAUUUGAUGUGUGACAAAUCAAUCAAUUACUGUAGUUAACUAAAUGGUUCAUUUGGCUUGACCUUUCCUGUUGUAAUCAGAUGUUUGUGGCAGUUAACCAGAUAUGACACUGCUUUUUGUGAGAAAAUCUUUAGAUCUGAAAAUGUACAUUAACUGCUCAUUGCAUGUUCUUAUCACUAAGCAUCAAGAUGGAAUUGUCUGCCCUGCAUUAAACCAUAAAUGAACAGUG